AUGUCCAGAGAUUUCCCAGAAACUGAUGGGCUCUUCUACGCGGACGUGUGGCCCUUUAUCAACCCGCUCUUGAUUGUAACCUCGCCAGUAUAUGCUGUUCAAGCCUGCCAAAAGCAGGAUCUGGACAAACCCGCGGACCUGGUAUCGUUCCUGCAUCCCAUCACAGGCGGAAACACUAUCUUCACGAGCAACGGCGACGAGUGGAAGAAGGCGCGCGCUGUGUUCUCGUCAGGCUUCAACUCGGCCUAUAUCUUGAAUCAGACAGAGCACAUUGUUCAAGAGGCGGAGGCAUAUGUCAACGUAUUGGAGGAGCACGCUCGGACCGGCGACAUCUUCCUCCUGGAUGACGUACACGUGAAAUACACCAUGAACAUCAGUGGUAUCUUAACGCUGAACAAGAGAUUAGAUGCCUUGAGGUCCACGGAUCCCUUCGUGUCAGCGAUGAGGAACAACAUCGAGUGGCACUACAUCGGCGAGCUGAAGAGUCCAGUCGUUCGCUGGAGCCCGCUUAUCCGAAUAUUGUCAUGGUACAACAGUCGCGUAAUGAAUGGCUAUAUCGAAAAGGUUCUUGACCAGCGCUACAAGGACUGGAGAGAAGGCAUGGUGACGGCCCAAACCCAUCGUUCCGGCAUCGAUCUGCUGCUCGCCGAAUAUAUCAGCUCGCGCAAGGACAAAGCUGGCCAGACUCUCGAACCUAGCUUCAAGAAGUGGGCGAUUCCGCAGCUGAGACUAUUGUUCUUCGUCGGUCAUGAUUCCACCUCCGCAACCAUUUCCUACUCCUGCUUCCUGCUCUCUAAGCAUCCGGAAAUCCUGGAGAAGCUCCGGGCCGAGCAUGAUGAAGUGUUUGGCAAAGAUCUCGCCGCACUUCCCAAGUUACUAAAGGAUAACCCACAACUCCUUAACAAACUCAGCUACACGAUAGCCGUCAUUAAAGAAGUCCUACGCCUCUACCCUCCUGCAGCAGGCUUCCGCCUCGGUCAGCCUAACGUCUACCUCCAGGAUGCUCAAGGCAACAAGUACCCAACUGAAGGCUGCAGAAUCUACAUCAUACACCAAGCCCUUCAUCGCAACCCCAAGUACUGGAAAGACCCGGAUGCCUUUAUUCCGGAGAGAUUUCUCGUCAGCCCUGAGGAUCCUCUUUACCCCGUCCGCGGCGCGUAUCGUCCUUUUGAGCACGGUCUAAGGAACUGCCUAGGACAGACCCUUUCUAUGCUGGACUUGAGGAUUACUCUUGCCAUGGUUGUGAGACGGUUUGAUUUCAAGGUGGCGUAUGGUGAGUGGGAUCAGCUGAAUGGCAGAGCGGGGACGAAGACGUUCCAGGGUAGGAGAGAGUAUCAAAUCGGCGAUGGAGGCGCGCAUCCGGCAGAUGGGAUGCCAUCUCGCGUGUUCUUGCGGAAGUGA